AGAGCCACCCAAAGAAGAGGACAAGCCCCCGAGGAUGAUUUCCUUUCCAUUAGCACUUCUAAAAAGGACAAGAAGAAGAAGAAGAAGGGUGUUGCUGAGGAGAUGCCGCCGCCUCCGCCGCUUAUUGAACCUGAACCUGAACCUGAACCGGAACCGGAGCCAGUCCCCGAGCCAGAGCCUGAGAAGCCUGCUGAGGAUAGUUUUUGGGGGUCAAUCAGUACUUCUAAGAAGGACAAGAAGAAGAAGAAAAAAGGUGCCGUUGAAGAGGAACCUCCCAAAGCUCCUACACCUCCCCCACCGCCGGCUGAGCCUGAACCUGAGCCUGAGCCUGUGAUUGAAGAGAAGCCUGCCGAGGACGACAUCUGGGGUCUCUCGUCUAGCAAAAAGGACAAGAAAAAGAAGAAGAAGGGUACUGCCGAGUCUGUUCUGCCAGAACCAGAACCGGAACCGGAGCCAGCACCUGAGUUAGACCCGGAACCGGUUGUGGAAGAGAAGCCUGCAGAUGACGAUAUUUGGGGAUUUUCAGCGAGUAAGAAGGACAAGAAGAAAAAGAAAAAGGGUAUCACCGAGGAGCCCGACCCUGAACCUCUACCAUCCCCAGCGCCACCUGCUCCCGAACUAGAACUUGAAGCUGAUAUUUGGGGCACUUCAACUUCGAAGAAGGAUAAGAAAAAAAAGAAAGCUGACAUUUGGGACGACCCGGACCCGGAACUGGAACUGGAGCCGGAACCUGUGCCAGAACCUGAAACGCAGCCAGCUCCUAUGGUAGAGGAGAGCAGCGCUUGGAGUUUCUGGGGUGCUACCAAAAAGACCAAGAAGAAGGAGCCCGAGCCUUUACCCUCGCCGCCACCAGCCGUUCCAGAAGCCCCAGAAGUCGAUGAGGGAGGUGGCUUCUGGUCAAGUUUUGGUACUAGUAAGAAGGAUAAGAAGAAGAAGAAUGUCGACGGUAGUAUUAAACCUGAUUCAGUCGAGGAGCCCAAGAUCGAGGAAUCCUUGGCUUUAACCAAGAGUAAGUUCAGCUGGAGAAACGAGCCGAUCGAAGUCGACGGAUCGCACGUCAACGGCGUCAAGCCAGACUCCGUCUCAUCGACCAUGGACAGCAAAGUCGACGACGAUGACUGGCUUUGGAACAGCAAAGACAAAAAGAAAUCCAAGAAGAAUGCAUUGGCUGAUCCUCCCCCUCCAGCACCUACCCCUCCGUCCAUGGACUUGGACGAACCUGUUCCAGAACAGGGACUCGAGACGAAUAUCUGGGACGACGCUCCCACCUCCAAGAAAUCCAAGUCGAAAGAUAAAGACAAGGACAAGGACAAGGACAAAGACGAUAAGAAGAGCAAGGAGAAAGAGCCCAAAUUGAGCAAGAAGGAACUUGAGAAGCUUGAGAAAGAGAAAAAGAAGGCUGAGAAGGAACGAGCCAAGCAGGAGGCAAAGGAGGCCAAGGACGCCGAAGAGAAGGCCCAACGUGAAGCUGAGGAACAAGCCCAACGUGAGGCUGAGGAGCAAGCCGCCCGAGAAGCGGAAGAGGAGGCUCAACGGAUUGCAGAUGAGUUAGCUGCCAAGGAGGCCGAGGAGCAAGCGGAGCGUGACCGCUUGGAUGCCGAAGCUGCAGAGAUUGCUCAGGAGGAAGAAGAGCUUGCUGCUUUGACAGCUAAACAGAGCAAGCGCAAGCUCACGAAAAAGGAUCAAGAGAAAUUCAACCGCCUCACUGAGAAAGCGAAUCUUCGUAACGAAGCUAAUACUUCUAAAGAAGCAGAGGAUUUGGCAGCACAAGAAGCGAAGGAGGCCGAAGAACAGGCUAUUCGAGAAGCUGCAGAAGCUGCAGAAGCUGAAGAACAAGCUGCCCGAGAGGCUGCAGAGGCCGAAGAGCAAGCUGCAUUGGCAGCUGAAGAACAAGCUGAGCGUGAGCGACUUGAAGCUGACGAAGCUGCUGCCGCCAAGAAAAAAUCCAAGAAAAGUUCGAAGGAUGACAAGAAAUUACCGAAGUCCAAGUCCAGCAAGGAGAAAAAGGCAAAGGAACCCGAGCCUGAGCCCGAGCCCGAGCCGGAACCUGCACCUGAACCCGAAAUCACGAAAGUCGACGAUCUUUUGGAUCUGGACGGUAUCGAAUUGGACGAUGCCCAAAUUGAUGAGCUCUUAUCCCCGGAGCCCAAGGAUAAAUCCGGCGGAUUCGAUUUCUGGGGCACGAGCUCCUCAAAGAAGAAAGGUUCGUCCCCUCUGAGCCAAUCACAUCAUUCCCCAGACGUGCGUUUGCUGCACCCCGGAUUGCCAGGACUGACCAAUCUUUCGGCAGGAUCCGAGAUUAAAGAUGCUGAGUCAAGCCAGAUUCUGGAAGAUACCAUGGUCGAGGAGGAUACAUUCAUGGCCUUCGCGCCCAUGAAGAAGAGUAAGAAGAGCAGUAAGAUUUCUGACAAGCUCAAAGCGUUUGAGCCAACAACGGAAGUUGACCUCAUUGACGCUCUUCCGGCUCCUCCGCCUCCGCCACCCGAGGCUCCGGUAGAAUUUGGCAGAAAGAAGACUAAAUCCAAAUACAAGGACAUAGACUUUUUGGAAGACGACUACUUCUCCCACAAGAAGAGCAAAAAAGCCGACAUACCAGGGAGCUUUCCUCUUGACGACGAAGCUGCGCCCGAAGCUCUGCCGGCCGCGGAGGCUGAGCCUGAAGUACUUGAUGACGAGGACGAGAUAAUUGAAGUCAUUGAGAUGCCGCAAAAGAAGAGCAAGAAGAGCAGUAAGAAGUCACGCGAAGUCCCGCCUGAGGUUCCUCCUCCACCUCCAGCCGUUCCCGACGCGCCGAUGUCUCCUCCUAUCGAACUCAAGCCUGCAAAGAAGGAGCGCGCCAAGAUCAACCGUGACGGCGGUUCGUCAUGGGGAGCCUGGUCUGCUACACCCAAGAAAGAAGAGCGUAAACAUUCUAAGACCACCAAGUCUGAAGAUAAGCGCUCAAGGCCGGACAAAAAGGAGCGCGAGGAGAAAACGUCGUCCAAAGGCUCUUCUUCCGAUAAAACAGAACGACCCAAGGUUGAAAAGGCUUCUUCGAAUCUGUUCACACCUCGCAUGACGAGCGUGUUCAAUAGCACUCCCCCAAUCUCACGCUCCAUAUCGACUCGUGAGAGGCGUUCUAGCAAGUCAGGCUCACGUCACCACUCUGUGGAAAUGUCAGGCGGGCUCAUGUCCCCUCCAUCUGAGGACAUGCCUGAGAUGUCUUCAAAAGCAGCAAAGAUCCUAGGUGUGGGUCAGAAAAGUAGUCGCAAGAGCAAAUCACGUCGCACGGCUGAUGACGAUGAUAUAGUCAUGGUCAAUGCAGCUGAUGCCACACCCAGCCCUGAGAAGUCAUCACGCAGGAAGGCAAGGUCAAAGUUGGCAGAGGAUGACGUGGUUAUGGUUGAUGCGGAUGAUGCCACUCCUCUCAAGCGGGCAAACUCGAGUGCCAAGAAGGGUAUCUCUGGGCUCUUCGGCGGGUUCAAGUCCAACACACCCAAGUCCGAUCUGCGCCCGGAACCUCGUCGUCGCCGCACAUAUCACGGUACUGAAGACGAUGGCGCUCGGCCUGGUAAGAGACCUAGACGCUCUAACCGUGAGAGCGACGCUGAGGGUAUAGAUCCCGAGGCGGAAGCUCGUCGGGCUGCUCGGCGUGCCAGACGCACAGAUGAUAAGGCUGCGGAGGAGGAUGCCCGCGUAGCAAAGGAGGAGGCCCGCCGCGAGCGUCGCAAACGCCAAGAGGAAGUGGAUGAGGCUCGCAGACAAACCGAGCGUGAAGCUCGACGCGCUGAACGUCGUACUGCUAGGAAGGCAGAAGAAGAACGUCUUGCCUCCGAGGCAGAUGCAGCUCGGGAAGUGGCACGUGCUGAACGUCAUCGUUUGCGCAGAGAAGCCGCCGCCGCUGCUACUGCUGCUGAGGAGACCGAGGCAGAGCCGAGGCGUUCUACACGAGAAGACCGACACAGAUCUCGCGCAGGCGGUGAUUUAGAGGACGAUGAAGCACGAAGACGGCGUCGCGAAGCUCGACGUGCUGCGCGUAUUGCCGAGGAAGAGAAGACUAGCCGCCGGCGAUCCACACCACCAGACGAGUAUGUCUAUACACCCGGGCCCCAGGACAGCAGUAAGAAGCGACCAGCUUGGCCACAUUCUGGCACAUCUUCCUGGGUGAAGGAGACUUCGGACGCGGGUCCGCCACCUGAGGAUGGCCCAUCUACUGAUGCUCCAUUCCCAACAGAUGAGGAUGAAGCUCGCCGUGCGGCAAGACGAGCUCGUCGUCGAUCGAGAUAUGAAGAUGGCAGUGCUGAUAUGGAGGACGACCAAAGACGUCGCCGCGCACGUCGUGAAGAACGAGAACGUCAUCGUGGUGGCUCCGACGGGAGUGGUGAGAAACGAGAACCCGUCUUCAUGGAUACGACACCUCGCAGUAGCUGGUGGAGGAAAUUGACAGGUGGUGCAUGAGUGAUGAGUUUUUAUGUCUUGUUGGAUAUGUGUUGGACUUUUGGACAUUCUUUCCAACAUUUUUGUCACUUUGUUUUGGGCAGCGAUUGGGCAGUUAGAAUGUGGGAUA